GUCCGAAGAAGAGGGAAAUUUAAAAAGGUCGACAUUGUUCCGUCGCUAAUAAACACCGAAGGUGGAUCGACUCUGAGAUGAGCCGAGGAGCGGCUCCCCGCUGAACCAAUAUGAAGACGAUCCGAUGUCGCAACACGAUUAUUCCAGAGGAUUGUUGUGUUCUCUGCAGACAGAGGGAUGACACUCCAGACAAGUUUGGUGAAAGGGUUUACCUUGAGAAGGAGAAGCUGACCAUUCACUACCUGUGUUUGCUGACGGCCAGCGGGGUGUACCAGAGAGGAGAGGAGGACGAUGGCGUCUUCGGUUUCCUGGUCGAUGACAUCAUCAAGGAAACCAGACGCUGCUCUCGCCUGACGUGCGGGGUGUGUAAGAGGAAGGGUGCUGCAGUGGGAUGCUGCGUGGGGAGCUGCAAGAAGAAGGUCCACUUCCCCUGCGGCCCAAACCAGUUCAUCUUCCAGUUCAGCGGAGAGUUCAUGUCCUACUGCGUGGAGCACGGCCCUAAGCAGUCUCUGGGCCCGGGGGCCCUGGAGGUCAGCCUGCCCCAGGCCUGCUCCGUCUGCCUGGACCCCCUCCCCCCGCUGCUGGGCUACUCCGUCCUCAAGUGCCCCUCCUGCCACACCAGCUGGUUCCACAGGGCCUGCAUACAGCGCCAGGCCAUCAGUGCAGGUCUGCACUUCUUCAGGUGUACUCUCUGCAACAACAAGGAGCGCUUCCAGGAGGAGAUGCUCACCAUGGGCAUCUACAUCCCAGAGAGGGAUGCAUCCUGGGAGUUGGAGUCCAAUGCGUUCGAGGAGCUGCUGCAGGUCUACGAGAACUGUGACGCUCCCGACUGCUGCUGCCGACAGGGCCGCUCGCACUCCGCCAAGACUGGGUGGUUUGAGAUUGUGCGCUGCAAGCUGUGUGGGUCCAGAGGAACCCACAGGAGGUGUUCUGGUCUGGACCUGGACUCCAGCUGGGCCUGUCUGGACUGCACCCAGCCGGAGGAGCUCAGAGCCCCCCGGUCGGUUGCUUCUGUUCAGGAUGGAACACCCCGGAGGAGCCGGCUCUCUAAACGCUUUGCCUCCCCCAUCACCUCCUCUCCCAUCAGCUGUAAACGUGGUUCCUCCUCCACUCAGAUCCUCCAGGCGUUGGCUCAGCAGCUGCUCCCCGCCCCCAGACCCUCGCUCCUCCCUCUGUCCUCCGGCUCCCCCCGGGGGUCCCUCCAGUCGACUCCUGGUCCUGACUCCUCCUCCGCGGCCCCCCCUGCUGGCGUCUCCCUGGUGGAGGUGCAGGAGGAGGGGGAGGUGCUGGGGGUGGCGCUGGCGCUGGUGAGGAGGCCGGACUUCGACCCCAGAAGGCGGCUCUUUGUCAGGUUUAAGGACGGGCGGGAGACUCCAUUUCCCAGCUGCCCCGGCGGCAGUGAGGCGGCCACCCAGUGGUUCCUGAAGCAGCUGGUCCAGCAGAUCCAGAGCUGUGAGGUGUUUGAAGGCCCGGACGGCCACAAGAACCUGGCGCUCGACGCCGAAGCCCUGCGGGGGGGCCUCUACUUGGCGGUGGGCCGGCUGCUCUCCGUGUGUCUGGUGCACGGCGCCCCCCCCCUGCUCUUCCUCGGCCCCGCCCUCUUCCAGGGCCUCUUCGGCCCCCCCGGCGACGAGCCCCUCGGCCUGCAUCACAUGACCCCCGACACGCACUUCACACGCACGCUGAGCACGAUGGCGACGGCUCAGAGUUUGGAGGACCUGAAGGGGGUCAUGGCAGGUAGCUGGGAGUACCUGGAGCUGGCCGGCUGUAACCGACCAAUCAGCAGCCUGGACGAGCGUGACACCCUCGUGGAGGACCUGGUCAGCUUCACCCUGGUCACCAGGCUGGAGCUGCCUCUGCAGAGGCUUCGAGAGGGUCUGAAGACACUUGGAGUAUUUGAACAGGUCCAGCUCAACCCGGCGGUCUUCUUCAGGACCUUCUGUGGUCCAGAGGAGGUCCUGGACGCUCACACCCUCAGUCACCUCCUCACCCCCAAGCAGAAGGGGGAGGAGCCGGCUGUCCUCUCCUACUGGAGAACGUUCCUGCAGGACUGUGAAGAGGGCAGGAGCUCGGUCUCCCUCCAGGACGUCCUGCGCUUCACCACGGGGGUGGAGGUGGUGCCGGCGGCGGGCCUCCUCCCCAGCCCCUCCCUCUCCCUGGGGGAGGAGGCCCUGUUCCCCCGGAGCGACCCCAGCGCCAACCUGCUGCUGCUGCCCAGCACCUCCUCCUGCUACCAGGCCUUCAAGAGCUCCCUGGAGCAGGCUGUCAGCCACCACACGCACCUGCUGCACACAUAA